CUGCUGCAAUUUAGCUAAAAUCUGUCGACAGCCUGUAAGUCGAAAUGGAGAAAAAUGCAAACCUACAUCGAGACACUGACGGGAGCUCUUUGUGUGCCACGAUUGCGGGAGAAAUGGGCGACGUUACGGCUGUCGGCGGAGUGAAAGGGACAGCCGACAAAUGCAAGAAUAGUGAGGCUCCUCUCAGUACUUUGGUUAACGUUAGUUGUAAUAUCAGCACCGCGAGCGUUACUGCUCCCAGCGCCGUCAAUGCCAUCUCCAAUGCCGGGAAGUCGGACGUGCCAGAAGUGAUUGAAGUCCUCCCCGUGCAGGAGGAGAAGAAGAAGAAGGACGCCGAGGCGAGCGGCUCGCUGUCGGGGUCCGGGGAUCAGAUCAGUAACGGGAUGGGGCAUGACUCGGUGCUGGCUGCAGGAGACAGCCAGGGUGGUGCCUCAAAGUUAGUAAACAACAAACCCGACGAGCCGCCCUCACCUCCCGCUACACAGAGCACAGAUGCGCAGGCUGAGGUUUCGGCUUGCGGAGAAAGUGAACCGACAAAACUUGCCAAACCGACUCAUCUGUGUCCGGACAAUGCAAUCACAGCAAACGUCAAGUCGGUGCUGUCCGGCGAUCACACCUUAUCGGAGGGAUUGCCGAGUGGGAGCGACCCCGAUCCCAGCCUCGGCGGAGAGUCCCGAAGCAUAGAUUCGCUCGAGUCCUUCUCCAACCUCAACUCUUGCCCCAGCUCCGACCUGAACAGCGAGGGGCUGGAGGAAAGAGGACUGGCUUUGGCCCUCCAGAGCGAGUACGGGGCUGAUGGGACAAAGACUUCGUGUGCUAAGGACCGGGCCGCCGGCCAGUCCAUCUACCACAUUAAGUGGAUCAAAUGGAGGGAGGAGAACACGCCGAUCAUCACCCAGAACGAGAACGGCCCCUGUCCAUUACUGGCUAUUAUGAAUGUCCUUCUGCUUGCAUGGAAGGUUAAGAUGCCACCUAUGAUGGAAAUUAUAACCGCCGAGCAGCUGAUGGAGUAUCUUGGUGACUACAUUCUGGAAACCAAACCCAAAGAGAUAUCAGAGGCUCAGCGGCUAAACUACGAGCAGUCCUCGCCGUGUCCCGUCUCAGGCAUCGUAGCAGAGCAGUUUCUGAACAGCACGGCCACUCAGCUGACCUACCACGGCCUGUGUGAGCUCACAUCCACCGUACAGGAGGGAGAGCUCUGCGUCUUCUUCAGGAAUAACCACUUCAGCACCAUGAUCAAAUACAAGGGCCAGCUGUACCUCCUGGUUACUGAUCAAGGCUUCCUGACAGAGGAGAAGGUCGUCUGGGAGAGUCUGCACAACGUCGACGGAGACGGCAACUUCUGCGACUCGGAGUUCCGGUUGCGGCCUCCGUCUGACCCGGAGACCGUGUACCGCGGCCAGCAGGAUCAGAUAGACCAGGACUAUCUGAUGGCGCUGUCACUGCAGCAGGAGCAGCAAAGCCAGGACCUUCAGUGGGAGCAGCUCCCUGAAGGCAUCAGUGACCUGGAGCUGGCCAAAAAGCUUCAAGAGGAGGAGGACCGACGAGCCUCCCAGUACUACCAGGAGCAGGAGCAGGAGCAGGCGGCGGCGGCGGCGGCAGCAGCACAGGCACAGCAGGGCCAGCAGGAGCCUGUGGAGGGCGGCGAGGCGGACAGAGGAGCCGCAGGAGCAGGUGGAGCAGCAGCCGGCGCCGGGACGGCGGCAGCAGCUGGAGCCACGCCCAGCCCGGGAAAACAGCCGUCGAGCGGCGAGCGCAAGGCCAAGAAAGAAGCGAAGGAUAAAGACAAAUGUGUGAUUUUGUAACAUACAGCGUGUCUGUGUGAGUGUGAGUGUUUUGUGCAUUUUGCUUAUCUGUGAGAAAGGAGACGGCGUCGGCCUCUCCGUGGAGCGGACACACAACGCGCAGCCCCCGCUUGACGACAAACAAGGGAAGGAGACGAAGGAGGAGAGACUCGACUAACAGAGGAGUUGCUGUUCCCACACCACUGGUGCCUGCUAUCCUCUAUCCUCAGUGGAACCUGGAUAUCAGAGGAAGGGACGCUACAACAACAACAACUACCCCUUAUCUUUCAUAGAGUCGGCCAAACUUUGUUACAAGUUGCACAGUGCACUAUAUUUGUGAUGUGGGGUCAAGUUUAUCUGGGGUGGUAUCUUUUAUAGCAAAAGACAUAAUCUGAAGAAACAAAGGUCACCUUCACACCGUGUUCUUUUCCACAAAAAACAACAAAAAAAUCAUUUUUAAGUAGUGCAGCUUAUAAGCUUUUUUUUUUUUUGUAAGCAUCAAUAGUUACAAAACGUAUUUAGAAAGAUCCACAGUUUGUUGUUUUAUGUUGAUGCCAAGAUUUAUUUAUGUAUCUGAGUGACAGCUGGCUCGGACAGGUUUUAUGUUUUUCUGGAAGCCGAAAGGGAUUUUCUCGCGCCUGUUGGAAACGUUCCACCACUCGCGUCCCCUCUGAAACACUCGAGUUAGCGAACGCCAGGUAGCUGCCGGACACUGUAGCUACGUCACCACAAUCAUCACAGCUCGCCCUGUUCAGAUUUGCCUUACCAGAGUAUGGCAGUGUUGUAUUCUGCUCCGUCUGAAUGUGAACCUGUUCCCGUGUGUGUGUGUGUGGUGUGUGUGUGUGUGUGUGGUGUGUGUGUGGUGUGCACGUCUCAGCCGCUGAGCAUCACCGGUGUGACAAGUUUCAGUUUGGAAAUAGCCAAAUCUUUUAUGCUGUAUUCGUUGAGCUCUUUUAUGUUACACGAAAACGACAUCAGAGGAAGUCAAACUGAAUCUGAUGCUUCGUCUUGGUCCAGUUCAGAGCACGUUCUGGUUCUGUUGGUUCUCUCUUCUGGCAGCGUCCUGAAGAGAUGCUGUGUGUGUGUGUGUGUGUGUGUGUGUGUGUGUGUGUGUGUGUGUGUGUGUGUGUGCAGGAACUAUCAUGAUCUCCUCUGUUCUGGAUGUUUUUUUUUUCCACUGCUACCAGGUUUUUAAGAGAAAUGCAUCAGAAUGCAGUAACGCACAUUUCUCCCCACGAGGGAAGUUCAGCGAACACUCGUGAACUAUUUUACACGAACCUGAAUUCUAAAUCCAUGACAUCAUUAUUCAAGACACGACUUUCAGCUGGGAAUGCACGAUAGCUGAUUUUUAGAUACCAACUUGCCAACACCAAUGUAUGCACAUAUUUUUUCCACCUGAUUGCAGACGACAUCCAGUCUCUCCUGCAGUAGAAUCAACUUAUUAUUAUUAUUAUUAUUAUUAUGACGCCUGCUCUCAUUCCAAUCAGAUGUAUUUGUAGGUUCCAUUUUCAGGCAAAACUGAAGCUUAUUUUAUAUCCUUCAUGCCAACAUCAUCGUGCAUCCCUGGUUUGAACGCCGAGAUUCAACGUGUUGCUCCUCCACAAUCCUUCCUGGUUAAUGUGAAGUUAGUUCCUCCUGUUCAUCCCACAGAGGGCUGGAGUCAUCUCGUCCACAAACGGAGCUCGCCCUGCUGGCAGGAUGUGCAUUACUGACAUUCUGAGGUGUCGCCCUUAAACUUUGGCGCGUUUCACGGCAGCGUUGAGCUCGCAGACACACGAUGUACAUAUUGACCUAAUGCAUUCUUCUAAUGGACUCGGCUAGCGUUUAGUUUGUGCCAUUAUCGUACCAUGGGACUGCCUCCUGAGAAACUUUUCUAUCUAUACAUUCCAGUCGGAUGCCUUGACUCAAGCCUUCUGUUACAGACCGAGGGAGACAGUUAUCAUAGAAGGUCUCUGCAGCGCUUGUGAAGCAGUUUUUCUUUUUGUUUUUGUUGUUUUUUUUUUGCUCGGUGAGAACGAACUCGCUGUCAGGACAGAGCGAUUACAUGGAGGCAGCAGGCUACCUACUGUGUGGGGAAAUCUUUCUUACGGGCUCCGUGUGAGGUUCGUUUGGCCCUAACGAGGCUGUGUUUUGUAUAUAUAUAUAACGCCUUACAACAUUUCGACAUAUUUUAUAGGACAAAAAGGAAACAGGCGUAUUCACCGGAAUGAGACAAUCCAUUGUUUUGUUUUUCCAUCAGACUACUACUCUCAGGCCUUUUCUUUUGAAGGGACACGUCCUCCGGUGUCUUUUCAAACGGUAUGCUUUCUGACGGGCCUGUUUCUCAGUCACAGCUUUUAAGAAUCUCUACAUGUACACACUUUGACACUUUCAAGGAUUUAACACUAUGUUAUUAAAGACCCUCUUUAUCCAAGUUCACACUAAACAUUAGGAAAACCUCCCCGGAUUAAGGGUUCAGGAUUGGUUAUUAUGGAUGCUUUUUUUUUUUUUUUUUCCUGCAAGAAAAAGUUUAAAUCCAGAACACAGACGAGAGGCUUUCUGUCGUUUAUCUCUCAGCCCAUCACAUGAGCAUUAAACAUUCCAGUAAAAGUUUAAAAAGGAAGCUUCAUUUAGGGAUUUAUUUUUUUUGGAGUUGAUUUGGAAAAUGUUUGAGUGAAACGAGUGUGGAGUGACACACGCCGCACGUUUUUAAUUUUGAUCUCAGAGUUACUACUGUGCAUCGGCUUUGCUAGUCAUUAUUACCAGAGGUUUUUUUUUUUUUCUUUUUUCGGUUGUAAAUGUGUUUUUGCUUCACCCCCCUAGUUCCUACGAUUUGACAUCGAUCAGAAGGAUAUUGUGUGUUCAGUGUCUCAAAGUGGUUUCUUCUUGUAUGCCUUGUGAAAGUGACGGUGGGGUAAAAUGCUGUAAAAGUAGUAUUUUGACAAGGUGAUCGUUGAACAUGUAGUUGUUGUAAUUGGUUUUGCACUGUUACAUUGAUAUGCACUAACGGAAAAGAAACAUACCUCAUUUUCUACAGAACAUAAAUUGUGCAAGAGUGCUA